ACGCCGCCCCGGCCUCCUCCCACCUCGAGCUGUCAGUCAGCGCAAUGAGCCCAGCCGGAAAUGCUGGAGCUGAGCUAACACCAGCGCACAGCUAUUCUGCACGACUGGUCUCUUUUUGUCUCUUGGUGUAUUGACUAAGACGCAAUAUCUCGCCGUCCUUAGAAGAUUCUGGAGGCUUGGGUUGAAAGAGAAGCACUAUUCCUCGCAUAACCCCAGGGUAGUUAUUUCUUGGCUGUCUGGCUUGGCAACUGGGCUCGAUGGCUAGCAUGCCACUAGGGGAGCGCCGCAGUGACUGAGUUCAGCCGGGCUGGACCAUCUGUAGUCUGGGAGUUGGAUUGCUAGAAUUGUAGGCUCUGAAAUUGGACGUAUUUGUCGGGACACUGAAUCGAAUCUAAUGUUAAGGCUUCUUGACAUUGUCAUCAUUGUGGUGAGACAGGUAGGAAGAGCAUAGUAUUUUUGGGAUGUUGCUAGUCUUGUGGUAACUGAUAUAUCCUAGCUAAGUUACUGAAGGGGUUGGUCUGGCCACAGCUGGGGAAUCGAGGGGAAGGAAGGGGAGGCUGAUGAUGAGGGAAGUGUUGCACUAGCGAGAUAGCGAUUAACACAUCAAGUUGGUCAGUGAAUUCUAUUAAUAUUACAUAAUUGGAUAGCUUUUCCCCCGUCUGUUUGCUCCUCCUAAGGUUGGUUGAUAGUUACCGUUUCAGGCUUAGAGUGGACAUUGCUAGCUGGGGGUUACUGGUGGCUAGUGUGUACUAGUGUGUACUUACGUUAGCUAGAUAGCAUAAGUUUGCAAGCUAUGUUAGCCAGCUAGCCAGACGUAAAUGUCACUGAACUGAGAGGCAGUCAGGACUCCGACAGCCUGCUUUGUAACGAGUUUUCACUGUUAUAGUGAGUCAGUUAUUAUAGCAAACAUGUCGAUGGCCACGGCUGGCAGCAUUGCUGCAUCUUUCGCGAGCAAAACUAAAACUAAAAAGAAACAUUUCGUGGCCCAGAAAGUGAAGCUGUUCCGUGCCAGCGACCCUUUGCUGAGCGUUCUUAUGUGGGGUGUCAACCAUUCGAUCAAUGAGUUGAGCCACAUCCAGAUCCCCAUCAUGCUCAUGCCUGAUGACUUCAAGGCCUACUCCAAGAUUAAAGUGGACAACCACCUAUUCAACAAAGAGAACAUGCCAAGCCAUUUUAAAUUUAAGGAGUAUUGUCCGCUGGUGUUUCGUAACCUGAGAGAGCGGUUUGGCAUCGAUGACCAAGAUUUCCAGAACUCUCUGACGCGCAGCGCACCCCUGACGAGCGAUGCUCAGGGCCGCAGCGGCGCCCGCUUCCAUACCUCUUACGACAAGAGGUACGUCGUCAAGACCAUCACCAGCGAGGACGUGGCCGAGAUGCACAACAUCCUAAAGAAGUACCACCAGUUCAUAGUGGAGUGUCACGGCAGCACACUUCUCCCCCAGUUCCUGGGAAUGUACCGCCUUACGGUCGACGGGGACGAGACCUACAUGAUUGUCACUCGCAACGUCUUCAGCCACAGGCUGUCUGUGUAUAAGAAGUACGACCUGAAGGGCUCCACUGUUGCCAGGGAGGCAAGUGACAAGGAGAAGGCCAAGGAGCUUCCCACUUACAAAGACAAUGACUUCAUUAACGAUAGGCAAAAGAUCUAUGUUGAUGAGGACAACAAGAAGCUCUUCCGAGAGAAGCUAAGGAAAGAUGUUGAGUUCCUGGCCCAGCUGAAGCUGAUGGACUACAGCCUGCUGGUGGGCAUCCACGAUGUGGAGCGGGCUGAGCUGGAGGACGUGGAGAGCGAGGACAACGAGGGCGACGACGAGGGCGAGAGUGACGGAGGAGGCGUGGGCACCCCCCCGGACAGCCCCAGCAACACGCUGGACAGCAACAAGCCCUUCUCACCUGGGGAGUUCGACCCCACCAUCGACGUCUACGGCAUCAAGAGUCUUGACGCUGCCCCGAGGAAAGAGGUGUACUUCAUGGCUGUGAUUGACAUUCUGACACAUUACGACGCCAAGAAGAAAGCAGCCCAUGCUGCCAAGACCGUUAAACAUGGAGCAGGGGCGGAGAUUUCCACGGUGAACCCGGAACAGUACUCCAAAAGGUUGUAUGACUUCAUCACCACCAUCCUGGCCUAGCUGGGCUGCUUGCCAUGAAGCCUCCCUGGAGGGGUUGAGGGACACACCAGAAGCCUCCCGCCCCCCCCCUCACGCUCCACAGCUCGGCCACAUGGAGCUCCAUUCUGCAGCUACAAACCACCAUUCGUUUACAUUUUACUGUUUGUUUGUUUUUGUUUCUGUGUUUUGUUUAGUUUUUCUUCCGUUUGUUUUUGGUUUUAAUGGGACCAUGAGCGUGACAAAGGAGAACUUGUGUACAAGUUGAGACAGUUGGGGGUGGGAAAUUAUGGCUUUUUAUGGCUUCGUAAUGCAUGUCUGUGACUGCGUUGUUCUAAUGUGUCCUUUUUUGUUGUUGUUUUUGUUUUGCCUGCCUUGUUGGAGGUUCAGGGAAGGGAGAGGGGCAGUGUAUUUAAUACAAAAUACAAAAUAUCGUACAAAAAAAAAAAUAUAUAUAUAUAUAUAUAUAUAUAUAAAAAGAAAAUAAUAAAACCAACAUCCACACAGGAGUGGACAAGAAGUGCACCCCGACCCCCAGCAGGAAGCAGCACAUUCUGACUGGCUGCGUGUACCACGCUCCCCCACAGGAUCCCCGCGACCUGGUCUUCCAUUCAGAGCCAGCAGCUGGCCCUCUACAGCGCUCGCCUCUCC